ACAAGUACAGGUGGAUUUUUGGAGAAGCACACAAUUCACGCUGAUAAGAUUUAAAAGAAGACAUGACUCACAAUGAGAAGAGAAUCCACUGGAUCCAGGAGGGCUUUAUAGGUCUUGGUGUUGGUGUUCUUUAUGGAACUACAAGUGUGGCUGUGGGGCAUCCAUUUGAUACAAUCAAGACAAAGAUGCAAGCACAACAUGGAUUCGAAACAGAAGGAAUGUUCAAAGCGUUUGCAAAAACAGUCAAAACACAGGGAAUCAGAGGACUCUAUAGAGGAUGUAUUCCACCUCUUUGGGGAUCUGGAAUUUAUAGAUCAAGUCAGUUUGCUGUUUUUGAAGCUCUGUACACAUAUUUCAAUGGAUUUGGAAGAAGAGAGCUUCCCUUUACUGGUGGAUUACAAAUAAGAGUACUGAUAGCUGGAGUAGCAGCAUCAACAACAAGAGCCAUAAUUGAGACUCCUUUGGAACUGGCCAAGGUACGGAGACAGACAGGCCAAACAUGGCAGUUCCGAGGACUCUAUAGGGGAUUUGGUGUAACAUGGUGUCGUACAAUGGGACUGAUGUGUACUUACUUUAUACUUUUGGAUUCUGGAAGACGACACUUUCCUGAACUUUUUAAAAGACCGAUAUUAGGACCAUUUCUAUCGUCAGGUUUAGCUGCUACUUUUGCCUGGUGGGUUGUGUGGCCAUUGGAGAACAUGAAGUCUCAAGUACAAGGGAACUACGGCAAAGACCUUCCAGUUGUGGCUCGUAUGAGACUGGUGAUAAAGGAAAAGGGCGGAUUCUUUGGGCUGUACCGUGGUAUCGUACCUGGCUCCAUAAGGAGUUUUAUGUCCAACGGAACAUCUAUGAUCGCCAUGAGUUGGGCCCAAAGAAAAGUGUCCCAAUGGGGCUUAAGAGGAUAACAGAUAGUUUAAAUAAAUCUAAUUAAAUUGAUGAACAAGACAAUGUAGAAUUAUUUCGAUGUAACUUCAAGUCAAGGUGAUGUUUUUUAACCAAUGCAGUCCAUUCGUUGACUUUUUCUUAUCGUUUACUGUUCUAGCUCGUGUGAAGAUUUCCUUUAUCAUGGUCAAAACAAUUGUCCGCUUUAUAUAUCUGCCCUUCUUCAUAUUUCAUAUUUCUUUCUGUUUGGGUUGAGGCAGCGUUUGGAUUGCCAAGUAAACGUCACUGUACACUUUAGCGUAUGGUUACUUCUGGGUUGCCUGACGGUCCACCCGUUUCCCAGCCAUCUUAGAUGGAGAUAGUCUCACUUCUUGGGAGGCGUUUAGAAAAAGUAUCGUCUUAUGAGUCUACUUUUCAUUUCUUGCUCUCUAUAAUUGUUUGCCGAGUUUUCAACUUUUUAACCUCGUCAUUUGUCUUCUUUUUUUUUUCCAUACUGCAGUGCCAUCUCUAUCUUUUGGCCAAUAAACGUUCAGGAUUCAAAUAAGGUCACUUCUCUGUCACAUCUCUUUACUUAUUUGCUGCGCACUUCAAAAUCCAUAGGAAUUGCUAUCCUUGGAUGGAAAAUAAUCUCAAAUAAGAUGUAAAGAUAUUUUUGUCCGUGGAUUAUAGAUUUCUGAAUAGCUGUCAUUCUAAGAAUGGUAUAGGGAAAUUGUUUCUCUGGUAGUGUGUAAAUAUGUAUACUGAAUUAUUUUAGUGAAUUAAAAAGAUGAUAAAUUAAAAAGGUGCCAUGCAUCUA